GCCACUUUGUGCGAGGCCCCGGACAUGCCAACCAAGCACAAGGCGGCGGGUGUCGGUGGUGGCGGCGCUGAGAAACCUCCGGCAGCGGUACCGGACACCGACAUCAGCUCCGGCCGCGCUAUGGAGAACGACAUCCUCGACUCGCUGGAGGAUCUGGGAUACAAAGGUCCACUACUAGACAAUGGAGCUCUGGAUUUGGCAACAACUAAAGGGGCAGCAUCUCCAGAAUAUACUAAACUAUGUGCCUGGCUUGUAAUGGAACUGAAAGCUCUUUUCAAACUGGUUGAAAAUGUCAAUGCAACUACUAGUCCCACAGAAGCUGAAGAAUUUCAACUGGAAAUGAGUGGCUUGCUAGCUGAGAUGCAGUGUCCCUAUUCUGUUCUAACUACUGGAGAUGUCACUAAACGUCUUCUCAACAAAAAUAAUUGCCUUUUACUACUUACUUACCUGAUCUCUGAGCUCGAAUCUUCUCGGAUGCUUGGUGUGAACAACCCACCCAAGAAAGAACCAGACAAGCCAAGCCAAUCCUUUGUGGAGUUGAAAACUAUAUGCAUUACUCUGGGUAUGUCCAAGCCCCCGGAUAACAUCACCAUGUUCCAGUUCUUCAGUGGGAUUGAGAAAAAGCUGAAAGAAUCAUUGUCAAAAGUACCCCCUAAUCAUGUGGGUAAACCUCUAAUGAAAAAAGCACUUGGCCCACUUCACUGGGAAAAACUAGAAACCGUCAAUCAAAUCCUUGUUAAUGAAUAUGAAGUGCGACGAAAGAUGUUGCUGAAACGUAUGGAUGUAACCAUUCAGUCAUUUGGGUGGUCUGACCGAGCUAAGAGCCAGGUUGAAAAAUUGGCUAAAGUUUAUCAGCCCAAGCGUGCAACCCUGAGUCCAAAAAGCACUAUUUCUGUUGCACAUCUACUAGCUGCUCGAGAGGACUUGUCCAAGAUUUUGCGAACCAGCAGUGGCAUCAUCCGAGAGAAGACUGCAUGUGCUGUCAAUAAGGUGCUUAUGGGAAGAGUGCCAGACAGAGGAGGCAGGCCAAACGAAAUUGAAGCUCCGCCACCAGAGAUGCCACCGUGGCAGAAGAGACCAGACAAUGUCCAGUCUGGUGGUGGACGAGGAGGUGGAAGAGGCGGAUAUGAUCAAGGCUCCUAUGGAGGAGGUGGAAGAGGUGGAUAUGAUCAAGGCUCCUAUGGAGGAGGUGGAAGAGGUGGAUAUGAUCAGGGCUCCUACGGAAGAGGCGGAUAUGAUCAAGGAUCCUAUGGAGGAGGGGGAAGAGGCGGAUAUGAUCAAGGAUCCUAUGGAGGAGGAGGAAGAGGUGGAUACGAUCAAGGAUCCUAUGGAGGAGGAGGAAGAGGUGGAUACGAUCAAGGGUCCUACGGAGGAGGUGGAAGAGGCGGAUAUGAUCAAGGCGGCAGAAGUGGGGGCCGUGGUGGCUAUGAUAGGACAGAACAAGGAGGACGUGGAGGAGGCAGAGGAAAAAUUCAAGGCGGAUGGUCAGAUGGAGGUGGUCAUCAAGAUUCGGGCUACCAUGGGGGGCCCAGUGGCUACCGAGGUGGUGGCUACCAAGCAGGUGGUAGCAGCUAUCAAGGGGGUGGCUAUCAAGGAGGUGGUUACCAAGGACAUCAAGACAACAGGUAUCAGGAUGGUAGCCAUGAUCAGGGAGGAGGACGAGCUGGAGGACGAGGAGGCCGCGGCCGUGGGGGUCGUGGAGGGCGUGGGGGUCAGGGUGGUGGGUGGAGCAGCAGCAGAGGUGGACAAAGCUACAACCAGGGAGGACAGUUUGAGCAAUAUUUCCAGCAAGGAGGCCAACAAUAUAAUACAGCUGGUUACUAUCAAGGUAGGCAGUAUUCCAGCUAAUGCUUAAUAGUCUUCACUAUUGGCUUUAUCCUGCAAGGGGCGCAGAUUUGCCCAAGUACCAGUUACCAACUGGAAUGCCACUACUUUGUAUUGAAUCAGCAGUGUUGCAGAUUUGUUGUCUAAACAAGCAGAAUGCAGACAAGCCUUUUCUCGAUCAGAAGUGAUUUCUUUCUUUUCCUGCCUCCCACCCCCACUUCUCACACAAGGGUUUACAAUGUGAAACUGUACUUGAAGCGCAGCAAAAAAAAGAAAGUUUUUCUUUUCUGCAUGUGUAAAUGCCAACGGCACAACUAAAACUCUUUAGUUUAUUGAAAGUGCACUACAAACCGAAUAUUUGAGCCCAAACUGAACCUACCUUCCCCUUUCCGCUGGCUAACAUUUUCAGCAAAAGGAUUUGCAGAGCUUUUUUCUUUUCUGUUCUCAAGGUUAAGCCACAUAAUUGUUCUUGCUGGCUGGUAAAUGUACAUAUAUGUAAACUUCACAAGCAGGGUGAAUGAUGUGGUGAAGCUGCAUGGGAGGUGAGCAAUAAAGUAUCUGAAUGCUGUUUUAUUGUUUGGAAUUGUUGAGUUUUUGCUGAACUCAGGUUACAGGCGAUAAGAGAAAUCUUUUGAGUCAAAAGAGAUUUCAGCAUCAACAAUUUUGCUUUAAAUAUGUAUGUUGUAUUUGUGUUUAUGCCAAGUACUGAAAUGAGAAAUUGUGGUUGGGUAGCACCCAUUCUAAGUUAUAAUAUUCAUGAGAUGCUUACUGUGCAUCGUCCUAUUUGCAAAUCCUUGUGAUUUGAAAAUUGAAGAAGAUGGUAACCACAGAAAGGGCUAAGUGUUGGGUUUGACUAAUUCAGCCUUAAACUAUGAUGCACAAUGCCUAUAAAUCUACAGACAAGGGAGAAUAUUGACCAAGUGGGGCUGAUUGCAAAACUCGGUGAUUUUUUUCCCAUUGUGGGAAGAAAAACCUGGCAUGGACGACUCCAUACGUAUUUCAUUAAAAUCGAGUCGGUUUCUGAUUGCAGGAUAUUUAUUAAUCCGUGGUCAAAAUGCUGGAAAUAAAAGGAAAUUUGAAACAAGUAA